CUCCGUUCACGACAGACCCGUACACUUCGUGUAGUUGCAUUCUGAUGAACGUGUCAUACCUGAACAUGAGGAACAAACGGAACAUCUGACAUACAGACCCACGUAGCACUUGAAUCAGGGAGAAGAGAGGUGGUGAUUUCCAUCUCCAUUCUGCGGAUGAUUUGUUUGUAUUGAGCAUUUAUCUCCUCCUUUGCAAAUGUGACGAGUGGAAUGAGCUAUUUUUACACUCUGGUCGUUUCCACUGCAGCAUGGGAACUGCCGUGUCCAAGAAGAAGAAUUUAAGGAAUGAUGCGAUUUCUUCUGUUGCCGCAAAAGUUAGACUUAUCAGAUCUAUGAACUCACUUCCGCAGAGAAACAAACUGCAGGAAUUCUUGAUCCGGACAGGAGGAAUGCUUGAUCACUUCCAAGCAGCUCGAGCAUUUGGAGAAUACCUUUCUCACACUCACCCAGAAAACUGCAACGGAUCAGAUCAUUUGCUAUCUGACACCAUCAUUGGUCAAGACAAAGAGUCCCCGGACAUUAGCAGUCUGAACAACAAAAAUAGCCUUCAGCCAUACUCCCAUCACACUCUUAUGGUCAAGCCAACUCAAGAAAAUAAUCCGCCAGGCUGCCAGUCUGCCCCUCUCCUGACCAGUUCCAAGCGUUGUCUCUUAGUUGAGUGCAGCCUCUCCUCCGAGGACCAGCAGCAUCACAGGUGUGUAGAGAACUCUUUGAAACCAGCACGUGUCUACACCAUUACCAGAGAGCGAGAUAUGCUUGGGGGGCAGGGAAGCGAGGAGAGUUUGGAACUAGAGGUGCUAAAAAGGACCACAGAGCCACCACGAACCAACACUCCCUCCAAUUUACAUGGCAGCCAGCAUCGAGGAAGCCAUCACUGUGGAAACAACGGCCACAUCCACCAGCAUCACUAUGGUCAAGCCCCUGUGACACAACCUUUUCAGAGCUCACGGAGCACUCACAACAUCCGGGACUGGGGAUCAAGGCGGAGCAGGUCGAGGGAGGACUGCACCCCAGAUUGUGUGGCCUGCAUUCGGCCACACUGCCAGAGCCAGCGCUCUUUGGACCUUGAUAACUCAACUCAUGAUGGUGGCAAGCAGCACAAGAAGCUGGAGAGGAUGUACAGUGAAGACCAUGUGUCCUCUGAGGACAGAGAUGAUCAUGUCAAUAGCUGGUUCCCUAAAGAGAACAUGUUCAGCUUCCAGACUGCGACCACCACAAUGCAAGCAAACUUCCGGAAGCACCUGAGGAUGGUGGGCAGCAAGAGGGUCAAGGCCCACACAUUCGCUGAUCGCAAAACGAAGAGUUUCAGUCGCUCCUGGAGUGACCCUACUCCCGUCAAGCCUGACUCUCUCCAUGACUCCAGAGACAGUGGAGACCUCCAGGCAUUGUCUGGCAAUCUGGAUGAAGCAGAAUGUGAUGAUGUGGACUGGGAGGAAGAAAGGGAGAUGGAAAGAGCAGCUUGUCAGGGCAAUGACUUCAUUCCACCCAAAAUUAUGCUAAUUUCAUCAAAAGUACCAAAGGCCGAGUACCUUCCCAACAUCAUCCGCCGGAACGACAACUCCAUAAUCCCUAUUCUCUACGAUCACGAACACGCCACUUUUGAUGAUAUAAUAGAGGAGAUUGAAAAGAAACUAACCGCCUACAGAAAAGGCUGCAAAAUCUGGAACAUGCUCAUCUUCUGUCAGGGAGGUCCAGGUCAUUUGUACCUACUGAAGAACAAGGUGGCCACAUUUGCAAAAGUUGAGAAGGAGGAAGACAUGAUACAGUUCUGGAGGAGACUUGGCAAAUUCAUGAGUUUAUUAAAUCCCAAGCCUAACCUCAUCCACGUUAUGGGCUGCUAUGUGCUUGGCAAUGCUAAUGGAGAAAAGCUUUUUCAAAACCUCAAGCGACUGAUGAAACCUCAUGCCAUUGAGUUUAAGUCUCCUCUGGAACUGUCAGCACAGGGUAAGGAGAUGAUCGAGAUGUACUUUGACUUCCGUCUCUACCGCUUGUGGAAGAGCCGUCAGCACUCCAAACUCCUCGACUACGAUGACCUUCUGUGACAUUGUGUAGUUGGUUUAAGCAGCCCAAGAGGCAGGUAGCUUACUUUAGGGCCCACGUGGCAACGUUCCCUCCCAAGAAAGCCUAGGCAGAAAUGUCCUGAGGUGGAGAAGGGAGACUGAGGAAGAUGAGGUUGUGGAUGAAGAUGGUUAACAUUGCAAAGAUGCUUGAAUCUUCUGCCCUCAGAUGUACAGAGAGGCGAAGCAGCCACUACUGUUAGGUGCUGUGUGUUCACCCCCAUCCAUUUAGGCUUUAAGCCUCUGAGAGAAAGAGAAACAUUUGGUAAAUAACACGGUCUUUUAGCCUGUGUGAAGGUAUACAAAGUAAUGUUCAAUUUCUAUGAGAGAUGAAAAAGCUGUAAUAAGAAGAUGGAAAAGUAGGAACAGAUACUUUUUCUAUUUUUGAGUAGCCGUGUUUGUGGUAAACUAGCAGGGAUAGUGAUGCAAAGGCUAUGUUUUAAACAGGUCUUGAGAUUAAUAUUUCAUUCACUAUCUUCCAGAAGAAACUGGAAUUACUUGUUGUAUUUACAUAUCCAAUCUAACUCUAUAGAAUUACUACUGUAAUUUAUUUUUCAACCUAAUGAUAUUUUACAGUUUUCAUUUUUAAACUAUGGUGUUUUCUGUUUAUAAUUGUUAAGAGGAAAAAAAAAAAGAACUCAGGUUUUAUUCAUCUCACUGACCUCCCUCUGUAAUGUACUUCCUGUAAGAAGAAAGAAACAGUGGAAAAAGAAAUAUAUAUAUUUUUUUCAAUUCAGCAGGAAGUUUUUCAGUCAGAAUGAUUGAGUUACCUAAAAGGGGUUAAAAUAACACUCACAAUAUCUGCAUCUGGGGAUUUGUGUGUGUGUUUAGGUGUUUUAAGACUUCUAUAGAUUUAGUUUAUUGAUCCAUUGUCUAAAAUAAUUUAUGUGUAUCAUUAAGGCAUGUGUAGACAAAGCUUGCUAUAGAGCAGCAGAUUUUGUUUUGUGGUAUCUUCCAACUUUUAGCUCCAGAUAACACCUUUUAAAAAUGUUCUAGUAUAUUAAGCAAACAUUAGAUUCAGGAAAACACUAAUUAAAUAUAGACAGAAGUACACAAUUAAUUUCUCUCAGAUUGUACCAUAUUUGUAUUGUAUUUCUCUGGCUGUGUUUUGUCAUAAGCGUCUGUGUGUAUUUAACGUGAUGUUAUGAGCUAUACACAAGUUCUUUGGUCUUUGAUAUAGCAGGCAACAUUAUUAUGUGUAGGAUAACUCAACUGAUAGUUUUUUAUUUCAUACAUUUCAUGAGUUAAAGUGCAAAUGUGUCUGCAAUAUUUCUCUUUGAAUUGUAAGUAGUACUGAAUGUUACUGUGAUCAUGUUUUAAAUAUCGAAAUUAGAGUUUCACACAUGCUUUCCACUUAAAAAAAAAAAAAACAGAAACUAUAUAGGAUAGUACACUUAGCCUCUAAAGCAAUACUCUGGGGAGGAAAAUGUUCUCAAAGCUCUCUGUUUGGUGCGUGGGUGCGUUUUGGACGCACCAAAUAGAUAAACUGAUAUAUUGGAAGAUAGUUGUACUUUAAUGAUCAUGCCAUUAGUAGAUGUUCAAGUGCAAACAGCAGCGGCUUGUACAUAUAGUUCAAGGCAUUACAUAGAAUGCUGCCAGAUACAAAAUGUGCAAUGUGGUUACUCCUUGCUGGUUUAAAACUGUGGAAGGAGAAGGCAUUGUUAUAUCUGGUGGCAGCAAUCAGAAAAUAUCCCCAAUAUCACUUUUUAGAACAAAAUAAACUGGUGUCCGUAGGUGCCCUCAAGUUGUGGAGAGAGAUUGUGCAGAAUUAAACGUAUAUGUGUGUCUGAGGAUGAGUGUGUGUUUUAACAUUAGAGAUGUGCACAAUGGCACUGAGAUGUGAAGGAUGCAUCUGUGUUUGCCUCCAUGUUGAUCCAUCACACUCUUUUCAUCUAUGAUCACUCAUGCAGACACCCAGAUAAUCAAAUAAAGCACAAGAGCAUAUCUAUGUAUCUAGGGCCAUCAGGGGGAAUGGAGUGUGUUCUGUUUUGAUAAAAUCAAAACAGUCCAGCAGCUCAAUUUCUGAGGAAAUCAGAGAUUUGUUUCUGAUGAUUGCAUGUUUUCAUAUGUAAUGCUUUGUAUUUUGCCUUCCAGGAUCAUUUAAACUUAAAUAAUCAUCUCCUUACUGUAUACCAAAAUCAUUGUAUGCUAUAACAAAGUAGACUGUAUAUACACUAUAUAUAUAUAUAUAUAUGAAAAUGUAUAGAGGGAUGAUAUGGGGACAUAGAACAUAGCAUUUGAUAUAUAAAGCUUGUUAUUACGUGUUGUUGAGGAAGUGUAGCACAUGCCAACCAUAAGGACUCUGUAUGGAGCCAUCUGAAAUUGCAGAAAGGUCUAUGGCAAGUCAGUUGUAAAACAUGAUGUGUGAAGACCCACAUCACACUCUUGCAAUAAGACAUUUAUUAACUCUAGUGUAUGCUGUAUGGCCUUGUGUUGAUUGUAUCAUGUCUGCAUCAGUAGGAUCUUUGAGAGUCAUUGUCACUUUUCAUCACUUUGACAUUUACUCUGGGUUUAUUCCAUUUUAACACUGCAUGUGUGGUCCAAUUUAUAAUACACCCAUUCCUUAUACAUGCUGAUCUUCAAAACUAUUUUGUAACAUUAACUAUAUUUUUUCUAGGGCAGACUGUACUGCUUUACUUCUUGAACAGACUGUUGUCUGAAUAUGUUAUGAUGCUGUUUAUGACUUCAACAGCAUCUGUUUUAUUUUAACCAUGACUACUGGCUUUGCAGCGCAAUGGAGAGUGACAAGCAGGAUGUCAAUAUGCUUUGGGCAAUAAUUUCUGAAGGCUACAGGCAGUUUUGCUCUCACUUUAAAAUUAGCUCAACAAAUAAUUAAUGAUCCUAAUUUGAAACAGUCAAACUACUUUGUUAGUUGUGAUGCUAAUGUAUCAUACUAAUUUUAACAACUCCUAAACUUUAAUAUUGACAUAUGACAAGUUUUGGGGAAGCUACUUUGAAACUGUAGCUUCCCAAG